AAUAAUAAUAAUAAUAAAUAAUAAAAAAUCGCAAUGAACACUUUUGAACAUUGAAAUAUUAAUAUACCUGUAAAAAAAAGAUUUGAUAGGGACAAAGGGUGAAACAUAUGAAAGGUUUAUUAGAUAAUAAAAAACAAAGGUAAAUUUUAAAAAAAAAACUAAUGACAUCAUCAUGGAAAAUUGGCGGGUAAGAAAAUAAUGUGAGAGAAACAUGUGUAUAAUUUAGAGGAGCGAUGAUGUAUACAUGUUUUAUUUUAAUAUUAGUUAAUAGAUCUCGUAAGACCGAGGUCCCUACCGAACACCUAAAAGUACUGACAAAUCAAAACCGGGCUAGGCGCCAUAGUUGAGGCGCAGGAGACCAGGUUGUAAUACUUGCACUUGCAGCAUACUUAGUUUCAAGCACCACCACCACCACCGGAAGAGGGGCCAAAACUCGCAGCAUCUCUCAUGGCCGCCGUGCCAUCCGCCUUUCUCACCUCCCCUUAUUAUACUAAGCCGCUUCUCCCCCUUUGGUACUCCACCAAGCUCACAACUACACCACCCAUUUUUGCAUUUCCUCGUCUUUCAUCAAAUUCAUGCUUUCUUCUUCAUUCUCGGCGUUUUAAUUAUCGUCCUAGACAAGUUCCCCUUGCAUUUCUCAAGGAGGGUUUUGGUAAAGUUAAGAAGAAAUUGGACGAUGUUACUAGUUUAAAUUACUGGGUUGUUAGGGAUUAUUAUCGUCUUGUGGAUUCUGUUAAUGUUCUGGAACCUCGGAUUCAGAGUCUUUCUGAUGACCAGUUGAAGGCUAAGACUGAGGAGUUUCGUCGUCGGUUGGCACUAGAGAGCUUAGCUGAUAUUCAAGCUGAGGCAUUUGCUGUUAUUCGUGAAGCAGCAAAAAGGACUCUUGGAAUGCGUCAUUUUGAUGUCCAGAUAAUUGGUGGAGCAGUGCUUCAUGAUGGUUCAAUUGCUGAAAUGAAAACCGGUGAAGGGAAGACAUUGGUUUCUACAUUAGCUGCAUAUCUCAAUGCCUUGACAGGAGAAGGCGUACAUGUGGUAACUGUCAACGAUUAUCUUGCUCGUCGUGAUGCUGAGUGGAUGGGCAGAGUUCAUCAUUUCCUAGGUCUAUCAGUUGGUCUCAUUCAGAAGGGAAUGAAGGCUAAGGAGAGGAGAUUCAACUAUAGAUGUGAUAUAACUUACACCAACAAUGCAGAGCUUGGUUUUGAUUAUCUACGGGAUAAUCUUGCCGGAACUAGUGGAGAGCUUGUAAUGAGAUGGCCCAAGCCAUUUCAUUUUGCAAUAGUUGAUGAGGUCGAUUCUGUUCUAAUUGAUGAAGGAAGAAACCCUUUACUGAUAAGUGGGCAGGCCAAUGAAGAUGCUGCCCGCUACCCUGUUGCAGCCAAAGUAGCAGAGUUACUUGUGCGGGGUAUUCAUUAUAAUGUAGAGCUCAAGGAUAAUUCGGUGGAACUGACAGAAGAAGGUAUUUCUUUGGCUGAGCUGGCUCUUGAAACCAACGAUCUGUGGGAUGAAGAUGAUCCUUGGGCCAGAUUUGUUAUAAAUGCUUUGAAGGCCAAAGAAUUUUAUCGACGAGACGUUCAGUACAUAGUCAGGAGUGGGAAGGCUCUUAUAAUCAAUGAGUUGACAGGCAGAGUUGAAGAAAAAAGGAGAUGGUCUGACGGCAUUCAUCAAGCUGUGGAAGCGAAGGAAGGUUUAAAGAUUCAGGCUGAUUCUGUUGUUGUGGCACAAAUAACAUAUCAGUCGCUGUUUAAAUUGUACCCAAAAUUGUCCGGGAUGACUGGAACUGCAAAAACUGAAGAAAAGGAGUUCCUCAAAAUGUUCCACGUGCCAGUGAUCGAAAUCCCUACAAAUCUUCCUAAUAUUCGACAAGACUUACCUAUCCAGGCUUUCGCUACCGCACGUGGAAAAUGGGAGCAUGUCAGUGGAGAGGUAGAGUCUAUGUUCAAAUUGGGUCGACCAGUCCUUGUUGGCACAACUAGUGUUGAGAACUCUGAACAUUUGUCUGAUCUUCUAAAGGGACGAAAUAUUCCACACAAUGUUCUUAAUGCAAGACCCAAGUAUGCUGCUAGGGAAGCUGAAAUAGUUGCCCAGGCAGGGAGGAAACAUGCUAUUACCAUUUCUACAAAUAUGGCUGGCAGAGGCACAGACAUUAUUUUAGGGGGAAACCCAAAAAUGCUUGCGAAAGGAUUAAUAGAGAAGAAAUUGCUACCAUUGUUAUCACGAGAAGUUCCUGAAUUUGAGGCAAUGUCAAAAAUGGAUAUCAGUCCAUCAACAUUAGCGUUGCUUGAGAAGGCGUCCUUAAUUGCCAAAUAUGUGGGAAAAAGUGAGGGUAAGAGUUGGACAUAUCAGCAGGUGAAGUCUACGAUUUCUGAGUCUGUCCAAUUGAGUGAGUCAGUCAACUCUAAGGAGCUACAGAGGCUCGCCGAAGAAGAGUCUGAGAUGUACCCCCUUGGUCCUACACUGGCUCUUGCUUAUCAAGCGGUUCUGAGUGAUUGUGAAUUACACUGCUUGAAUGAAGGAAAUGAGGUCAAAAGGCUUGGUGGGCUUCAUGUGAUUGGAACAUCUUUGCACGAGUCUCGUAGAAUUGAUAAUCAGCUUCGAGGUAGAGCAGGCAGACAAGGAGAUCCAGGAUCAACAAGGUUUAUGAUUAGCUUGCAGGAUGAAAUAUUUCAAAAGUUUAAUUUUGACACUCAGUGGGCCGUCACACUGAUAUCAAAAAUCACAAAUGAUGAGGAUGUACCAAUUGAAGGUGAUACCAUAUAUAAACAGCUUAUGUCCUUGCAAAUAAGUGCGGAGAAGUAUUUCUUUAACAUCCGUAAGAGCCUGGUUGAGUUUGAUGAAAUCUUAGAGGUCCAAAGGAAGCAUGUCUAUGACCUUAGGCAAUUGAUUUUGGCGGGUGAUGCUGAAAGUUGCUCACAGCAUAUAUUCCAGUACAUGCAAGCUGUUGUGGAUGAAAUAGUACUAGGCAGUGCUGAUUCUCAAAAGCAUCCUCGUGACUGGAAGUUGAGAAAGAUCCUAAAGGAAUUGGCCAAUGUGGGGGGGAAGCUGUUGGAUGAGUCAUUUGCAGGAAUCACAGAGGUUGUACUUUUGGAGUCCCUCUCCCAACUAGAUGCAUCAGCUCCGACAGAUUUCAAUGGUUUUUUGCCUGAAAACUUGCCAAGACCUCCAAAUGCUUUCAAAGGAAUUCGAAAGAAGACUUCUUCCUUCAAGCGAUGGCUUACCAUAUGUGCUGAUGACUCAAUUACGGAUGGAAAAUACCGAGUGAGCAUUAAUUUCUUGCGUCAUUACCUAGGAGAUUUCCUGAUUGCUUCAUAUCUUGAUGCUAUUGAAGAAUCUGGUUUCGAUGAUACAUAUGUGAAGGAAAUUGAGAGGGCAGUACUAAUCAAGACUCUCGAUUGUUUAUGGAGGGAUCAUCUUGUCAAUAUGAACAGGCUUAGCUCAGCGGUGAAUGUGAGAAGUUUUGGGCACAGAAAUCCACUGGAGGAAUACAAAAUUGAUGGCUGUAGAUUUUUCAUCUCUAUGCUCAGUGCAUCUAGGAGGCUGACUAUAGAAUCAUUGUUGCGGUAUUGGGCCUCUCCAAUGGACUCUCAAGAAGUACUCAUGUCAUAACAGGACCUGCAAAUAUCCGUGCUCUACUGAUCCUGCGAUCAUGCAAUGGCUUCUGAUUAUAUUCUUUUGGCUGAGCUGAACAUGAUGUCGAUGUUGUGGAGUAAGGAGUGCAACUGUCAGCCUCUUCUCAUGAUGUCUGGGGUAGCCCUCAUCAUGGGUAGGAUUAAUCCUUUUGAGUAUUGGUGCAAUUGUAAAUUUGUCAAUGCUCCAGUUUCCAUUGAGUUGGAAGGAUGUCCAUGUAAAUACCUCGAUGACAGCUCUCUUCUUUAGUUCUUUCCUCUUCUUUUCUUCGGUAUGAAGGGGAUGGUGAAUUGGUGAUAGGCUUGGUUUGUACAGUAAUUAUAACCGUCCAAGCAAAUUUUGAAGGGAGAGUAAACACUAAAAAUGAACUAUGCUCACAAUGUAAUUGAGGCUUGUACCAUUUAUAUUAAGUAUCAAUUUAGACUGCCAUUGAUUAUUCA